UUCAAAUGCACUCGAAUUGAAGAAGUAGUAAUCACGAGUGGAUUUAAGUUAUAUCUGGCAUUGAAACUAUGACUCUCUGUGAGCAUCCUUUUUUUCAACCUCCAUGUCAGAAUCAUGCAACAUAGUGCUUCACGGCGGGAAAAGAUGACCUGAAAUCAGUUGAGUGGUAAGAGACGCUGCGUGGCACAAGCGGAGCGGUCUUGUCCUCACAUAUCACGCACGACGUUCGGAGUUCCCCUGCUUACACCGUGAAAACGCCCCUCCACUCUCCUCCUUGCCUUUUCCGACCGUAAAAGCCAUCCCUGCCGGCUUGUGCCUGCCUGCUGUCCCAGCCUGCAGGGCUCUAUCUCCGGUGGCAGAGGAAAGGCGCUCCGGGGCGGUGGCGGCGUCCGUCUUCCAGUUUCCUGCAAUCUCAAUGAUCAGAAUCUGGAUUGAAGCUUGACACCCGGACCUGACAGGACAGGACUGCAAUCCAUUUCUAUGACAACAGAGAAGGCUUUGGCUGGGGAGAUGAAGAGCGCAAUGGAGGGUGACGCCAGGAGAACCAAUCAGGUUCCAGAAGACCAUGGGGAUAUGGAUGAUAGCUCCGAGAAGACCCCCAGCAAGGCCUCCAAAUCCCCCCAGAAAACUACCAAGCGGCCCAAGACUGUCCCUGUCAAAGUGACUCUACUUGACGGCUCAGACUAUGAGACAGCAGUGGAGAAAUUUGCCAAGGGCCAGACCCUGCUGGACAUGGUGUGUGGCCAUCUGAACCUGCUGGAGAGGGACUACUUUGGCCUGACUUUCCAGGACACGGACAACACCAAGAAUUGGUUGGAUCCCUCCAAAGAGAUUAAGAAGCAAAUUCGGGUUGGUUCCUGGAAUUUGGGAUUUUCUGUCAAGUUCUACCCCCCAGACCCAUCUGUGCUCAUUGAAGACAUCACCAGGUACUACCUGUGCCUGCAGUUGAGGGACGACAUCCUGUCCGGCCGUCUGCCCUGCUCAUUUGUCACCCACGCUCUUCUGGGCUCCUACACUGUCCAGGCUGAACUGGGAGACUACGAGCCUGAGGAACAUGGCCCCGACUAUGUCAGCGACUUCCGCUUUGCCCCCAACCAGACACGUGAGCUGGAGGAGAGGGUGAUGGAGCUGCACCGUAACUACAGGGGAAUGAGUCCAGCAGACGCAGAGGUGAACUUUCUAGAAAAUGCCAAGAAGCUCUCGAUGUAUGGAGUGGACCUGCAUCACGCUAAGGAUUCAGAGGGAAUUGACAUAAUGCUCGGUGUGAGCGCCAACGGUCUGCUCAUCUACCGAGACCGUCUAAGGAUCAACCGGUUCGCCUGGCCAAAGAUCCUCAAGAUCUCCUAUAAGAGGAGCAACUUCUACAUCAAGAUCCGCCCUGGGGAGUAUGAACAGUUUGAGAGCACCAUAGGCUUCAAGCUGCCCAACCAUCGGGCCUCGAAGCGAUUGUGGAAGGUCUGCAUUGAGCACCACACCUUCUUCAGGUUGGUUUCCCCAGAGCCGCCUCCCAAGGGCUUCCUGGUGAUUGGCUCCAAGUUCCGCUACAGUGGGCGGACCCAAGCCCAAACCAGACAGGCGAGUGCUCUGAUUGACAGGCCUGCUCCGCAGUUUGACCGCUCAGUUAGCAAGAGGUACUUGCUGCCACGAAGUAUUGAUGGAGCUUCAGCUCUAGGUGACAGUAUGGACCAGCUGUCCCAGCGAAGCUCCAGUGAGCGCACACAGUUCAUGUCCAGAGAGGACCUAGACCAAGAAGGCAGCCUGGACCUGGAGCACGAUCACUACCACUAUCAGGACCAGGACCAAGACCAAGACCAUUACACAGACCAGGAGCUGGAGCUGCAGGAGCGAGGUCAAGAUCAGAGGCAUACUCGGGGUGCCAACAUCUCAACACCCACCAAGAUGCUGGAGCUCAAGGGUGAGGAGGCAGGCUCGCCUGUAGACUCUAAAUCAGAGGAUCUGGCCAUCCCUCGGCCCAAACAGGAGCAGUUCUUGGAUAAGCCGGAAGAUGUUAUACAGAAGCACCAGGCCAGCAUCAAUGAGCUGAAGAGAGCUUUGAGGCAGCCUAACAGCAAGAUGGCCCAGAGAGAGAAACGCCUUUCUUCAGCUACUCCUCCUGGAGGAACCCCCGAGCGGAAACCAGCGACCGGUGAUGCCAAAUUGAUUGACAAGCAGGAUGCUUAUGAAGGAGUGCUGGAUACUUACUCUAAAGAGGAGAAGAGUAAGACCUCUCCUAUGGGUAGAGACACGUUCACAGUAACAUCUUGGAGGGAAGCAACUAUGAACAAUUAUCAAACACCGUGGGAUUCAUUGAGAACUCAAACUGGAACAUCUCCAAAACAGGAAACAGACUUUACAGCAACAGAUAUGAACCCUAUGGACGAUUCAUUGGCGAUUAAUGGCCACCAUGAUUCUGUAACAGCAAGGAAUUCUGUUCAAGAAAAUGGAUACGGCUCUCCGCAUGACAAACAGAGGAGUGUAAUGAACAAUAGAGAUGGGAGGCAUUGUCAGUAUGAGCACAACAUUCAUCAAGAGAGACUGAAGAACUUUGAAACUCCGGUAGCUGCGGAUUCUCUCCCAAAGGGCAACGGGGGCAGAAUUGAGAGUGACGUGAGGCGUUAUGAGACAUGGAAAAUAAAAGACCCAAGCCUCAAGGGAGAGAAAGAUUGCAACAAAACUGGGAACUCACACUCAGAAGUCACCAGAAUAGUUCCUCUCAAGCCGCAGAGAUCAAAGAAAUCUUUGAAUAAAGAGAACAAAGGUGUUGUAAACCCUCAAACUCAAAGCCAGUCCGAUAGAGGCAUCUUCGGUGCGGCUGGGGAUGUACAGAUGACAAAAUCAAAAGACGAAUACUGUGAGACAGGAAGGAGAGUAGAUGGUAAUGCUGCAAUGCAAUCCGCCACAGAUGUUGUCAAGGAAAACACAAAAUACCACAGUGAAGCUGCAAUGUCAUAUCAGCAACAAAAUCAACUACAUCAGCAGAUUAAGAGCGAGUCGUUUGGACAACAAGAGCUCAGAGACUUCAGGGAUACAACAGGGCAAAGUCAGUGGACAAGAGGAGAUAUGCGACAUGAAGAUAAUUUUCAAAACAGCACAGAGUUUAAAGAGAAUCUCGCUAGCUCCAAAUUCCCCACAGCUCCCCCUCGGACUCUUCCUCUGAAAACGCAGUGGUCCCGAGACAGACAGAGCAACAUGGACAGCAGCCACAUCCACUACAGGACGCCCAGCCAAGAAACGACCAAGAGGAAGCAAGCGGAGACACCUCCCACACCUGCUAUUCACGAGGAGCCUUUCAACGAAGCCUCAAGGGAACCAUGGGAGAGACGUCUUGGCUCUGUCUCAGAGGAUGACCAAGACCACGAGAUCCUGUACCUGAAGGAGACCCACCUGGGCAUCGAGCGCAAAUGUUCCAGCAUCACAGUCAGCUCUACAUCCAGCCUGGAGGCAGAAGUAGAUUUCACUGUCCUCACGGACCUGCACACAGGCAUGGAGGAGUUCUCCAGGGGCAUGACAGAGCUGGGAGAGAGGGAUCUGUCACCUGACGGGGGUCUGUGCUUUGGAAUCGAUUUUCUCCAGCAACAAGGCCCCUCUGAACCCCCACCUCCAUUAGUGUCAGCUCCUCUGUCCAGAGGAGCGAGCAGCAGCCCUCCGGCCAAACAUAUCCAGGCUGAAGAGGUCCGACCAGAGGUGAAACGGCCUGAUGUGCAGCCUGUAGUACCCAAAAAACCAAAGAGGUCAGUGCCAGUGUCAUCGUCAGUGGACAGAGAGCAGUCACACAGGGAACCCAGUCGUAUCGCUACCGUCCCUCCACUAAGCAGGGAGGCUAGUGAUGUCAUGAUCACACCGACAGUGAGGAAGACGGAUGUCAGGACGGAGACCCAGCCCAAUGGGUCAGAGGUCACCACGACCAUCGUGGAGUUCACAGAUCAGGAUCAUGGCAUCGGUGGCCUUAGUGAGGUUUCUUACUCUACGAGACAGAGUGUAUCCCCUGUGCAUAUGGGCAGUCUUGGAAGAGAGGCAACAGGGUCACCCAUUCUUGUCACUGAAAACGUUACCUCAGCAACCACACACGUCACCAAGACUGUGAAAGGAGGAUAUUCAGAGACCAGGAUCGAGAAGAGGAUCAUAAUCACAGGAGAUGAUGAUGUAGACCAGGAACAGGCUUUGGCUAUUGCAAUACAGGAAGCCAAGCAGCAGCAUCCAGACAUGCAGGUGACCAAGGCAGUUGUUGUCAGGGAAACAGAAUCGUCCACUGAGGAUCGACACGGCACAUCAGAGUCUUGAUUUCCUGAGACGAGAGUGCCCCCCUUUGGACCAGACGUGAAAUUGCCACCCAUCAUCUCUACUGAUAGACUACUACCAGUGACGCCCUAAUGGAGCCUCUUUCACACACUCACUCACACACACACACACACACACACACACACACACACACACACAAGCAUACACAGAGCUAAAACAUGACUCUUAUCAAAUCUGAUUUCUUAUGUUUUAUUUUUAUGGUUUGGAGGUCAUGCUGCAAAAAAGAAAACAUUUCAUGGUCCUUGAUUGGUUGACAGUGUGCCACCACAACACCAAACAUCUGGAACAAUUAAAGACAUAAUCCAACUAAAUUCUCUGAAACCUCUCGGGGCAUCUGUAUCCAAACCUCUUGCUUAAGUAUUCCUUAAAGGUCAAAGGGAAUUAGUGCAGAAGGGGUUUGUUUAGAUAAUCUGUGUGCUCGUCCUCAUUCACACUGUGGAUAAUCCAAGGUCACAUGUUGGUACCCAUCCCAAUCAGGAAGUGUCAUUUGUGAAAAAAGAAAUAUGAGAAAAAAAAUGGCCAUGCAUAGAGGAGUGUCUUAUCCUGCUGUAAUGAAUAACAAGAAAUCAUCAGACUCCUGCUGUGUGUGC